GAACAAAGACAGUUAAUAAGAUUUGAUCACAGGAUAUGGAGGCACACCUGCUCAGAUCAGCUUCACUGUACAUUUUGUACCUUCACACUGUGGACCACAACAACCACUCUCUUCUGUACUGGAGGACAGACUUUAACUCAUCUCCCUUUUACAGUGAUGCGUCUCUAUCACUGUCCACAGGUAUCGCAAAAACUUGGUUCUCGAAAUCGAAGAGAGAGACACCACUGCUGGAUGCUUUCGCUAAACCAGGUGACAGAGAAUCAGCAGCAGGAGGAUGGUGACCUCAUUGAGCCCAGAAAGCUGCCAAAUCCUGUCCUGGCUUCACACCCACACAGAAACCUUCACCAAGAGCUGUUGUUCUGCCACAGACGAGGUCUUCUGCCUAAAAAAAAGACAGAGCUGCAGUGUGUGCUGGAACACAAACAGAAAGAGCAGCACAUUAGGAGAGAGCUGGCCCUCCUUCCUCCUUCUGACUUGGAGGUGAAGCUACGCUUAAGGCAGCAGACAAUACAAAUCUGUGAGCAAGAGGAGAAGAGGAGGAGUGAGACUCUGCAGGAUGUACCAGAGUUUGUCCGUGUGAAAGGAUCCCUGAAACAAAUCCAGGCUUUCUCCUACUGACAAACCACAGGGGAGGAAACACAGGCUCCUAUGCAUCUGCGGACGAACCAUCUCUAAGCCUCUGUUCACACUGUGGACAAAAGUGGCUCCAGUCUGACUUUCUCACUCUUGUGUGAUUCAGUCUGUUUUCUGUUUUAACAGCAGUGUGAGCACAACUCAAAUGGAAUCUGAGGUUUUUUAUUCUAAUUUGAGUCGCUUCCAUAUGUGGUUCUAAAUCAGAUACAGAUACUGUUUUGUUUUUUUUUUGCAGUGUGACCUCAGUAUCAACAAUCAUUUUGGAAUUCAUGUAACUUAUGUCUCUCUAGACCCACAUCUGUUAAACUUCUAUAUUUGUGGGAGAAAAAAAUGGCUCCUUUUCUAUUUAUCUUUGUUAUCUGCUCAUAUAAUUGUUGCCUUCCAUGGCAAAUCAGGAAUGAAACUGUAAAUGCUGACUUCAGUGGGCUCCAUGUAGACUAGACAGAGGUACAGAUGAUGUUUUCCUUUACUAUCAGUAUUAACAGAACUUGGCUCUGAUAUUAGGCUCCUUAACUGGAACUGUUUACUUUAAGGUAACUUAGUAGCUAAUACAAUUAAAAUUGCAGCUAUAUUUUUGACAAUACCUUUGAUAUUCCAGUCUUAUUGAUAUAUUUAUUAAUUCCAGUAUUUCUUAUGUUAACUUAGCUGUUAGGUGCAUUUAUAUAUUUUCCAAUAAACCAUAAAUAAUGCAUUUCA